ACGACAGUAGAGAGCUCCUCCUGUCGUUUCAAUCAUCAUGGCCGCCCCUGAAGUUCACCACUUGUUUCAUGCUCCAAUUGCCGAUCAUUCUUUCUCGUCCGACAAGCAGACGCUUGCAGUGGCCCGGGAGAACAAUGUGGAGCUCUAUCACAAGUCAGGCAGCAAGUUCUCGCUGACUGAUGAACUGAAGGGUCAUGAGAAGACCGUGACCGGUGUCGAUAUUGCUCCAAAUUCUGGCCGUAUUGUCACUUGCUCUCAAGACCGCAACGCCUAUGUCUGGGAACAGACUCCCUCCGGGUGGAAACCGACCUUGGUGCUUCUGCGAAUCAACCGAGCUGCAACCUUCGUGCGGUGGUCUCCAUCGGAACAGAAAUUUGCGGUCGGAUCGGGCGCCCGUGUGAUUGCCGUCAGUUACUUUGAAGAGGAGAACGACUGGUGGAUCUCGAAGCACCUGAAGAAGCCGAUCCGCAGUACGAUCACCACCCUCGCCUGGCACCCGAACUCCGUCCUUCUUGCAGCAGGAUCGACAGACUCGCACGCAAGGGUGUUUUCUAGCUUUAUCAAGGGAGUGGAUACCCGCCCUGAGCCGAGUGCCUGGGGCGAGAGACUUCCCUUCAACACUAUCUGCGGUGAAUACCUGAAUGACUCGGCAGGCUGGAUUCAUGGCGUGUGCUUCUCACCCAGUGGAAAUGCGCUUGCAUUUACCGGACACGAUAGUAGCGUGACGGUGGUUUAUCCUAGUGCUCCGGAGCAGCCCCCUAGGGCGAUGCUGAAUAUCACCACCCGCCUUCUCCCGUUCAACAGCCUGAUCUGGAAUGGCGAAAAUGAAAUCAUUGCGGCCGGUCAUGACUGCGAGCCCUAUCGCCUGCAAGGUGACGAAAAUGGAUGGCAGUUAGCUGGAAGCAUUGAGAAAAAGGCUGGCCCCGGUGCUGGUAGCGUUCGUGAAGAGUCUGCUCUCAAUAUGUUCCGUCAAAUGGACCUCAAGGGACAGGCUCAGACCGACACGCAGCUCAAAACCGUGCACCAGAAUACCAUUAGCACCAUCAGAGUGUAUGAAGAUGCCAAUGGCGUUGUUCAUAAGCUCAGCACUAGCGGAGUUGAUGGCCGUGUAGUCAUUUGGACCAUUUGAGCUAGCUGUUCACUGGUUCUUCAAUAUUCGAGUCGGGUACUCGGGGGUUUAAGAGAUCUGAUGGGCCCAGUAUAUAGGUAUUAUUAUAGAUUCAAUCCAAGAUAAAUCCAGGAAUUUCACUAAGC